UACGCACAUUGCGUACUCUGACCAUCUUCUUCUUCCCCACUACCGUUAUAUCGUACCGGUACCUAAUUUUACACAGUCUAGUCUCUCUCUUCUCUUUUCAUCACCGUUUUUAUUGAUUUCAUAGAAAAAAAUAAAAAUCAAUCACAAUCAAAUUGAAUCAGAAUCAUGGUAGAAGCAACAAAGAAAAAGAAGAUCAUCAUUGAUACUGAUCCAGGAAUCGAUGAUGCAAUGGCAAUAUUUGUUGCCUUAAAUUCACCGGAAGUGGAAGUGAUUGGACUGACUACGAUAUUUGGGAAUGUUUAUACUACUCUUGCUACAAGGAAUGCUUUGCAUUUGUUGGAAAUUGCAGGACGGACAGAUAUUCCAGUGGUCGAGGGGUCACAUACUACAUUUACUAAAGGUACAAAGCUUCGUGUUGCUGAUUUUGUUCAUGGUACUGAUGGCCUCGGGAACCAAAACUUCCCUCCACCUUUAGGAAAGGCGAUUGAACAAUCAGCUGUCAAUUAUCUCGUCGAACAAGCAAAUCGGUACCCUGGAGAGGUUACCGUGGUUGCACUUGGACCACUUACAAAUAUUGCCUUGGCUAUUGAGCUAGAUCCCGAAUUUGCAAAAAAGAUAGGACAAAUUGUUCUUCUUGGCGGUGCUUUUUUUGUGAAUGGGAACGUGAAUCCUUCCUCUGAGGCUAAUAUCUUUGGUGAUCCAGAUGCUGCUGAUAUUGUAUUCACUAGUGGAGCUGACGUUGUAGCUAUAGGAUUAAAUGUUACUCAUCAAGUUAUUAUGUCCGAUGAUGACCGAGACAAGCUUGUACAAUCCAAUGGGAAAUUUGCGCAAUACAUAAGCAAGAUCUUAGAUAUCUAUUACUCCUAUCACCACGAGUCAUAUAACACAAAAGGUGUAUACCUUCACGAUCCAGCAACUAUUAUUGCGGCCGUGGAUCCUUCAUUGUUUACUUACACUGAGGGGGUCGUUAGAGUUCAGACAAGCGGUAUAACGAGGGGUGCCACAGUUUUCUAUAACACUGUCAAAAGGUUUAUGGAAGAGACGGAGUGGUCAGGUAAGCCAACAGUUAAGGUGGCUGUUACUGUUGAUGGUCCCGCAGUGCUUAAGCUGGUCAUGGAUCGCCUAAUUAACUCCUAGCUUGUGAUUCACAAAGGACAACAACCAACAGCAACGUGGUUGGGCUGGCUGAUCACUGAUGUUUCUCUCUAUUGCAAUUGUCAUUGCGUUCGUCUUUUAUAUUGUUUUCAAGUUGGGUUGUGAAUUUAACUUGACAAUUCCACUUAAAAAUAAAAAUAGGCAUUUACCAUUUUUUUUUCUUCAUUUGUGCACGUGCUGUCAAACCUCACUGCGGCCUAAGGAGUCGAAUGAGCCGAAUUUAAUAAGAAGAGUGAAUUUUUCCCA